AUGGUCUACGAGCAGGCCAACUGGGAGAGGAAGAGCCCAGGGAGCAUUGACAUUUGCAGAAUCGUUGCGAAACUGGAAGCAAAGUACGGCGCUGGACCUCGCGGGGAAUUCUUCGACGGCACGAACGCCGCCGCGUCCACGCGGGGCGAGGAGAUUGCCCGCGGUGGCAUCGGGCGCAGAAGACCCACUGCCAGGAAAGCAAAGCCCGUCCUGGACGACAUCGACGUGAGCAAGCCCUUCCAGACUCGCACCGGAGUCGUGCGAUGCAUAGAGGCCGUUGCCCGCGUGCACCACAGGGAGAUGAAGACGCUGCCUUCAGGCAAGACGAGGUUGCAGAUGCUCAAGUGCGCAGCCCAACCAGAGAUGCUGGAGUGGAUGCUGAAUGCGGCCCGGAUUCGCACCACAUCGAACGAGUCCUUCCACAUGGAGCUCAAGCGGUGUUUUUUUGGCCAGAGCAUGCACCCAUGCAUGCUUGCCCUAAAGCUCGCCGUCAUCCACACCGCCAAGCUGAUGGCGCAUAAUUCGGCUCUGUGCCGCAAGACGCUGGCGCAGGUGCCGCAGAGCCGCCUGCUUCAUCGCCUGGUCGGGGCGAUGGAACUGUUCAGCCUGGCAA